AUUUCGAAAGAUAUAAAAAAUAUUGUGCUUGACAGAUCCUCGAUAGAUGUCACUCUUAGUCGGCCGUUAUAUUGAUCAAGUUAGAUUUUCUAAGGACGCACGUUGAUAAGAUCUCAUAUUUGUCAAUUAUAUGAGAAAUUUAUUGCGAUAUCAAUAUAUCCAUUGAAACGAUUUUCAUUGAGUUUGCCGCGCGCCAUACGUGGAAUCUUAAUUUUUCGCCUAUGACGUCAUUUGUGAAUUACACAAGCGUCAUCGCUCAGUCUGUUGUGGAAAAUUUCAUCGAAUCCAUGGCAGCACCAAGUGAAAUCUGUUUUUCCUAAUAAAUACUUAAACAACGCAUCGAAAUACGCCGUGUUAUCCAGUGGAUGUUUUGUUAAUAGUGGUAUUAUUUUCAAGGAAUACUUCUUCGAAAGAAGUGUGGUUAUAGUGCUUGAAAAGAAUUUAAUUACAAUUUGUUGCAAUGACGAUGCAACAAUUCUGUUUACGAUGGAACAAUCAUCAACCAAAUUUCAUUUCGGUGUUUUCAAAUUUGUUAAAUAAUGAGACUUUGGUGGAUGUGACAUUAGCUGCUGAAGGCAGGCAUCUUCAAGCACACAAAGUUGUUCUAUCUGCAUGUAGUACAUAUUUCCAGUCAUUGUUUACUGUGAAUCCAUGUCAACAUCCCAUUGUGAUAUUAAAGGAUGUAAAAUUCUCAGAUUUGAAAAUUAUGGUUGAUUUUAUGUAUUAUGGUGAAGUAAAUAUAUCACAAGAUCAAUUACCGUCUAUUAUAAAGACUGCAGAGAGUUUGAAAAUAAAAGGACUCGCAGAAAUGCACAGUGCUUCUUUAACAAAAUGGCCAAGUGGUAGUGAACCUGGAGGAGGAGAUCGUGGAGAAUCUUGUUCACCCAGUCCUUCUCCAUUGUCACCGUCCUUUCGUAGAAAGAGAUUAAGAAAAUCAUCAACAGGGUCAACAUCUGGAUCUGGUGAUAAACCAGAAGAAAUGAAUGAAAUCACUUUAGUUGCUACCAAUAUUGUAAAACCAGAACCACUAAUAGUUUCACAAGAAAAUAAUGAAAAUGUAAGAAGACCUGUUAAUACGAAUACUGAAUCUCAAGGAAGCAUUGAUGAGGAUCAAAUAUCAAUUAUGAGUAAUAUGGAGAAUAGUUCAACAACAACACCAGCACAAAGUGAUGGCUCGAUACAAGAUGUAAGUCAACAAUCAGGAGGAAAUGUAGCCCAAACUUCAGUUUCUUCACAACAACCUCCUGCACAUCAAGGAUUGCAAUGGACUAUUAUGGAGCAUACAUAUCCACGUUUCGCUCUGUCUUCGUGUCAAACGAAUCUGUCGAUCCAAGCAUCAUCAGCUUUUACCACGCCCGAAAUAACAGCUUCUUCGACCAUCAGCGAUCAGUAUUCUGGUACCAGCACAACUGGUUCCAGUUGCGCCCUGACGAAUUAUCCGAAUUCCUCGCAUGGGACAUUGCAGCACACAUCGUCGAGCGGCCCUUCACCGUCGACACAGUGCCCGAGUAACUGCCAGAGCCCAUGCGCCAGUCCACAAACCGCAAUAAAGAGAAAACGAUCAACAAAUCCGCAAGCAGAUGAGAACUUUAUCAGGGCGUUAGAUGCCGUACGGUACGGUGGCAUAGGUUUCUGUAAAGCGGCUAGGAUGUUCGGUGUAAAUAAUCGAACACUUUGGUUGGAAUACAAAAAGCGCGGUUAUCCGAAUAAUCGACCCAGUUUGAAAUCGAGAGUUAAGCAAGAAGUGAAUUCCUCACCGCCACCAGCUCAGGCAGCGCAGCCGGUUAAUUCGCAGAGUCCUACGCCAAUGGGCCCCCCCACUACUCCACACAGUACACACAAUACCCAUAGCACGCAUACCAUGCUGACCACUCAUAGUCCUCAUACGAUGUUAAGCGGUUAUAUCGAUAGCAGACAUACGGAUUACGCAUUGCCAAUCAUUUACGCGAAGCAGGUAGGUCCGAAGAGGUAUCGUCUGUUGCGCCAGCCACGUGUCAAGAAGGAGUCGAACCAUUUGUCGCCGGACACGAGCGAGGCUUCCUCGCCGCACAUCGUUUCCUCCCCCAUCUACGUGACCACCCCGACGCUGAGCCUGCCCCAAACGUCGAAAAGCAUGGACGAAACGAGAAUCUCCCCGUUGCCCCCGCAAUCGAUUCUGGUGAACCAGCCCGGCCUGUUGACGGUGACCACCACGACUAACCUGUUGACCGUGCCCCAACCAUCCUACCUGAUGAAGCAACAUUCCCACCCGCUCUUGUCCACACCGCAGCAACAAUCGGGCGGCGGUGGAAAUUACUGGAUACACAGGCAACACUCGAAUCCGGAGUUCCCCAGGAGGACGACAAGUCCCUCGAUCGUGGUGGAACCGGCGCCGGUCAUCAAAACGGAGGAGGACAUCCUCGAGGAUCCGAUUGCAACCACCACAACCACUACCUCUACCACGGACAGCACCACUACGGCAGGAUCCACGUCCGGGUUGAGGGUGAAGACUACGGAGCUCAGACGGAGUUCAUCGUCGCCCCAAACAACGAGCAGGGAAACGCGAGAGAAUACGGGUGAUCUACGUGUCGGCCAUUGUCCAGUGUUGCGUCCAGGGCCGGCACUGCGUUGUAAUCAUUGUUGGAACACGAUAGACGCCCAAGGGAGGACGCUUCGUAGGAAAACAAAGUACCAUUGUCCCCAGUGUCAGGACAACCUGUGCAUCGUGCCCUGUUUCCAGGAGUAUCACGAGCGACGAGAAUUGAAGUUGAAACCCUUGCCGAAAACGAGUUCGGUCUAACGCGGAGUUUUGUAAAUAUUGUCAAUUUCGAGCACGUGGUUAAAAAGAAAAGGAAUCGAUGAAUUGUUCGAUUUGUAACAAUCGAUUGUUGAUCACCGAUUUAAUCUUUCGAGAGCCCAGGCUCAAUUAUUUUUUUUUUCUGGUAUCUCCC